GGCGCGGCAUUCGGUUUCCCAAUACCACGGUUGCUGACCGCACUGUCGCAGCACCCGGGGACCUGGAGAUGCAUCCCGGUGUGGACCGUGCAUGCGGCCCUGGUGGGCGGGUGUCGGGACCACCACCAUUUCAGCUCGCUUCGUCUCCUUGAUUUUCGCCCGUAGUGCCACACCAAAGGUCCUCCACUACCUAACGACCGACCUACCUAGGUAUGUAUGUCGCUCGUGGUACUGCACCCUAGCUCUCUGGUGGAUGAGCCGCGGGAAUCGCCACUUAUUGCUUUCUGCCCUUUCGAAUCUUCGAUUGUCGCGGAUGCCCCAAUCCGAUAACUCGCAAAUUUCAGCUCUCCAUCCUGCCGUCGAUCUUCUUUAGAGGCCACCAAAUGAAGUUACGGUGUACUUCGUACAUGGUUGCUGCGGUGAAGGUCCCCACUUGGUGGAGAAGUGGCCCUUUCGUUGGUUGAAAAUCCCCGGAUCCUCGAACGGAUACGUACAAGUAUGUAUGUAAAUUAUCACAACUCGUGCACCUCGCAGCAUGUCACGCCGACCCC